AUGUCUUCCGUCAACGAGCUCCUAAAAAGCAUAAUGGCGUCGCUAGAGCAAACCGAAACCUCCGUAAAGGAUGUGGAUACGAAAUAUAUCGAACACGAAAAAGAGUACCUUCCCACGAUGAUCCAGGACUUGAUCGCCAAGUCUCCCUCAUCGCAGCUCGAAGGCAUGUCUUUGCUUUCGUUGAAGAACGAGGCGUUGCUUUCGUAUGUGAACUCGUUGGUGCUUGUGCUUUUGAGUCACGUUGAGCGUCUUCGGGAGCUGGCGCUGGAGGCCAAGGUCGAGGCGCUGAAACGUAAGGCGGUGGAAAGUUCUGUCCAGCAGAGAGUUACUUUGGAAAAGGGUAUCAAGCCUUUGGAGAAGAAGCUUACGUACCAGCUUGAUAAGAUGGUUAGAUCUUUCCAUAAGAUGGAGGAGGACAACGCACGUAUGGAGCAGAAGGUGGCAGAGGAUGCCGAGAAUGGAGCUGAGAGUGAAGAGGAAGAGGCUGCUGCUGAAGACAGCGAGUCUGAAGAUUCAGAGGAAGACGACGACGCUCUUUCAUAUAAGCCAGAUGCUUCUGGAUUGAAGAAAAUGGCCAAGGCUUCUUUGGCUAAGGGUAAGGCUGAAGGAGACGGAAAGUAUAGACCACCAAAGAUUUCUGCUGCUGCUCCACCUACAAACAACUUCGACGACCGUGCUAUCCCUGCCAAGAGCAAGAGAAAGCUACAGAGUAUGGAGGAGUACCUCAGAGAGUCUUCUGACUUGCCACAGGCCGAGGCUUCCAUUGGUUCUGCCAUUUUGGGCCAUGGUAGAGGUGGUGUAAAGACCAAUAGAGACAGCCAGAAGGAAAGAGAGAUCCAGAGAUACGAGGAAGCCAACUUCACGAGAUUGCCUUCAACGGCGACGAAGAAGACGCAUAGACAGAAGAUGGCCGAAAGAGCCAACACCUUUGCUGGUGAAGAUUGGUCCAUGUUCAACAAUAGCAGAAACCUUAAGGAAGGUACAUCCAGAAAGAGAAAGGCAGGAACUGCUUGGGAUAGAGCCAAGAGAUCGCAUCGUUAA